CUGUUUCUCGCCUCGCCUUCCUUCCUUCCUCGGUCCUCCCUCCCCGUCCCCGUGCCUUUUCCCCUCUCGUUCGCUCGCGUCGCGCCCCCAACCCCCGACUCCCAGCGGCGCACGGCCUGCGAGCUCGGCGCCGGAACCUCCCCCUCUGCGAGCUCGAAUCAGCACGCCGACGCCGACGACCCGCGCUGCCCAGGAUCAGGGCGAUUUUGGCGUGCAGGGUGUGUGGUUGGCUUCUGAGUUCUGAGAUCAUGUAACCUCGGUGGAUAUGAAUAUAGAUUCCUGGAAAAGUGGUUUGCCACUCCUUGGUGAUGCAGAGGGUUUCUCGUGCCCUUUGUCGUUAGCUCCACACCUCCAUUGAGUUAGAGCAAUUUUUGGUUGUAUUUCCAACUUGUGCAAGGAUGUUUGACAGUGCUCAAAAAGCUCAAUACAUGGAUGGGCACAGAGAGAGGUUUAUUAGGCUGGAGGAGUCAAGUCCUAGGUCAUCUGUACCUUCUGAAAUGGGAGGCAGGAGUACCUUGAGGUUCAGCAUGCCUGGGUUUGGUUAUGGUUCAUUUAAUGCACUGAGAUCUUUCUUGUCAGGGGUUCGAAAGGGUUCUGGACGACUGAAGUCACUUAGACAGUCACUUACGUCUGGAGCUCCUAAAACAGCUUUCGCGGAAGAUCUUAAAUCAUAUAAGAUAAAUAUAUUUGAUCCCCAGGACAAACUUCUUUUCCAAAUGAACUGGGUUUUCUUCGUGUCUUGCUUAUUUGCUGUUGCAGUGGAUCCACUGUUCUUCUUUCUACCCAUCAUCAACAAUUCAAACUGCAUUGGCAUAGAUAAAAAAUUGGCAGUGACAUCAACAAUAAUACGGACGAUUAUUGAUUGUGUCUACCUUAUACGUGUGUGUCUUCAAUUCCGCACUGCUUAUGUUGCCCCAUCUUCUCGUGUGUUUGCAACUGGUGAGCUUGUGAUUGAUCCAAUGCUAAUUGCAAAGCGGUACUUUAAAAGUUACUUUGCAAUGGACUUUGUUGCAUUGCUACCACUUCCACAGAUUGUUGUUUGGAGGUAUCUCCACAUUCCAGAUGGCCCAGAUGUACGGACAACAAAAACUGCACUGGUCUGGGUUGUCCUGGUGCAGUACAUUCCAAGGUUGCUUCGAAUAUUCCCUGUGAUCAAAGAUUUGAAAAGAACAGCUGGUGUUUUUAUUGAAACUGCUUGGGCUGGUGCUGCUUAUUAUCUUCUAUGGUUUAUGCUGGCUGGUCAUAAUGUAGGUACUUUGUGGUACUUUUUAACCAUACAACGUGAAGAUAGCUGCUGGCAUAAGAAUUGUGAUCCCAAUGGUGGAUGCAAUAGCAGCUACUUGUAUUGCAAUAAUACUCGGGAUGAUAACUACGAUAAAUGGCUUAAUAGUACCCAAGUAUUCGACCUGUGCAAUGGUAACCAACCUGAUCCUUUCAACUUUGGCAUUUACCAGCAAGCACUGGUCUCUGGAAUACUUGGUCCAGGAAAUUUUGUCAAAAAAUUGUGUUAUUGCUUCUGGUGGGGAUUGCAAAAUCUAAGCACCCUUGGUCAAGGGCUUUCAACAAGCAUAUACCCUGGAGAAGUGCUAUUCUCAAUUUUUAUAUGUGUGCUCGGACUAAUCCUCUUCGCUCUUCUCAUUGGUAACAUGCAGUCUUAUCUCCAAUCAGUUGCUAUACGUCUCGAAGAAAUGAGAGUUAAGAAACGUGAUGCUGAGCAGUGGAUGCACCACCGUUCACUGCCACCGGAAAUCAGACAAAGAGUGAGGCGUUAUGAACGAUAUAGGUGGUUGGAGACGAGAGGAGUAGAUGAAGAAAGUUUGGUUCAAACACUUCCGAAAGAUCUUAGGAGGGAUAUCAAACGACAUCUCUGUUUGGGUCUCGUUAAAAGGGUACCUUUGUUUGAGAACAUGGAUGAACGAUUGUUGGAUGCAAUAUGCGAGCGACUAAGACCUGCACUCUACACUGAAAAUGAAUUCAUCCUGAGAGAAGGUGAUCCGGUGGAUGAGAUGCAUUUUAUUCUGCAUGGUUGUUUGGAGAGCGUAACCACUGAUGGUGGACGAAGUGGAUUCUUUAACAAAGUCCAGCUAAAGGAAGGUUCUUUCUGUGGUGAUGAGUUACUCACCUGGGCAUUGGACCCCAAGUCGGGUGCUAAUUUCCCAGCUUCUAGUAGAACUGUCAAGGCACUCACCGAGGUUGAGGCAUUUGCCUUGUGCGCUGAGGAGCUGAAAUUCGUGGCCAGUCAGUUCAGGAGGCUGCACAGCAGGCAGGUUCAGCACACAUUCAGAUUCUAUUCCCAGCAAUGGAGGACUUGGGCCGCCUGCUUCAUUCAAGCGGCAUGGCGCCGCUACUACAAGAGGAAGAUGGCGGAGCAGCGUCGCAAGGAAGAAGAGGCAGCAAGCAGGCCAAGUAGUAGCCACCCUAGCCUUGGGGCGACCAUCUACGCAUCUCGUUUUGCGGCCAACGCCAUGAGAGGGGUUCACAGACUAAGAAGCAAGGCUGUCCCCGCAAUCGUCAGGCUGCCAAAGCCCCCAGAACCAGAUUUUGGUGUCGAUGACGCUGACUAACGAAUCAAUCGCACUGAACUCGCUUGUAAUUGUACUCUACAGUGUCGGUAGAUUGUGUACAAAAUUCAAAGACAGCUGCAGAAGAUCAUGUUUGUAAAAGCUUGUUGCCACGCAGAGACCAUAACGGAGGUCAUGUUCUUGAUGUCUAUAGGAAUGCAAAUGUAUAACUACAGUUUUUGCCUGAUUAUGGGUCCAAGUUUGGCAGCCAGAUCCAGUUAUCAUUU